AUGUCCUCGGUCGCGGAAGCCGUCGGCGUCGCGCCGGCUCCCCCGCCGCCAGCUGAAGGUCCGAGCCUGGCCGCGACACAACGAGCCAUUGAAGCCAACAAGAUAUUGCAGAAAGCUGCCAGUGCAACUACCGUCAGGCACGACUGGACGAAAGAGGAGAUAUCUGCCAUCUACUACCAGCCGCUGAUGGAGCUGGCUUUCCAAGCUGUAAUCGGCCAGGGCUCCGUUCAUCGCCGAUUCCACAACCCCGCCGAGGUCCAGCUCUGCACGCUCAUGAACAUCAAAACCGGCGGCUGCACAGAAGACUGCUCCUACUGCGCCCAAUCGACCCGAUACCAAGACGGUACCGGCCUGAAGGCUAAGAAGGUCGAGAGCGUCGAAUCAGUACUCGCUGCGGCGCGCACAGCAAAGGAGAACGGCAGUACGAGGUUCUGCAUGGGCGCCGCGUGGAGGGACAUGCGCGGUCGCAAGAACAGCUUGAAGAACAUCAAGGCCAUGGUCAGCGGCGUGCGCGGGAUGGGCAUGGAGGUCUGCGUCACGCUUGGGAUGAUCGACGAGCAGCAGGCCAAGGAGCUCAAGGAGGCCGGCCUGACGGCGUACAACCACAACGUCGACACCAGCCGCGAAUUCUAUCCGUCUGUCAUCUCGACCCGCAGCUACGAUGAGCGUCUGAAGACUCUGAGCCACGUUCGCGAUGCCGGUAUCAAUGUCUGCUCUGGUGGUAUCCUUGGGCUGGGCGAGUCGUCGGACGACCGCGUUGGCCUGCUGCACACUGUCUCUACACUGCCUUCGCACCCCGAGAGCUUCCCUGUAAACGCGCUUGUGCCGAUCAAGGGCACGCCGCUGGGCGACAGGACGCCGAUCCAGUUCUCCAGCAUGCUCCGGACCAUCGCGACUGCUCGCAUCAUCAUGCCUGCUACCAUCAUCCGCAUCGCGGCGGGAAGAAAGACCAUGUCGGAGGAGAAGCAGGCGCUGUGCUUCAUGGCUGGCGCCAAUGCUAUUUUCACGGGAGAGAAGAUGUUGACGACGGACUGCAACAGCUGGGACGAGGACAACGCCAUGUUCGGGCGAUGGGGACUGGAGCCGAUGAAGAGCUUUAACAAGUCGGCAACGCCUGUUGAUGAGGUUGGAUUUUAA